CAGUACUGCCCCUCGAUCGCGACCAGACAUUCUGCUUUCCCCCCGCUCGCGGCAUCGUUCACCAAAAUGUACCCAUGCUGCUGCUGUUGCGGAGCAGCAGCGCCUCACUCCAACUUUCUGCUUCUAGAACCGUAGCUUUACAGAAGUAGAUAAUUCGCAACACAUCACGAGGAAGUCAGGCGGAAGGUGUGUGCGUGUGUAGAAGGCGCGUUUUGGUUUACCGCGGGUUGGGGGAGUAGCAGUCGGGGUAGGAGGCCAGAGGAAGGGGCGGAGAGCGAGAGAGAGAGAGACAUGGUAAUGGAUACGUAAAAGGGGCUUAGUAGUCAUUUAAUGCGGUUGAAGGCUGAGAUCAAUGCACGGGCUCGCAGGGGGAGUGAGUGAUUCGAGAGUGUCGAGGCGGGGCCAUUCUCGAAUGGUUGUAGUUGGUGAGGGUUCGUGGAGAUUGCCGGUAAUGUAGCUUGGGAUGUUUACUCUGGAUUAAGCAGCAGCCACCUCAUGUAUUUGUCUUUUGAAUUCUUUUUUUCUCGUGUGAGAUCUGGAGCUGCGGUUGUUGAGGUGAUCAGAUCUGAGUGAGUGAGGGUGUGGAUAUGGUGUUUGUGUGAUCGGGAGCGAAAAAAGUGACGCAGAGUGACCUCACGCUUUGCAACCAAGAGCUUGACAGCAGCGCGUCUUCUUGUAGCAGCUCGUGGGACAAUUCUUCUCUUCCUGCCCCUGCAGAAUGUGAAAGAGGCAAUAUCACGCCCUUUUUGUGUUUGUCAUGAGAUUCGAGCAGAGGAAUUCUUGUACAUUUCCAGGCUGAGGGGUAUCCAUUCCUUAGUUUUUGAUUGUCCAAGUUCGAAGAUAAAAUCUGUAAUUGAUUUGACUUGAAGGAACAAUUCGACGACACGAGAUCGGGCUCUGUGGGGAGCUCGAGAUUUUUUCCUACCUUGAAGGUGUUGUGUGCUAGAUUAAAGCUCUUCAGUGUGAGUCUCUGUGAAAUUGGACUCGCUGUGGCCGAGGAUUCAAUAUCAAGAGGUAGGGUUGAGGUAGGGUUGAGGGUGGGGAAACAUGGCAAGAGGUAAAAACAGAUUGCGGUUUAGCAAGCUCUACACAUGGGCGGGAUGUCUCAGACCACAGUCGCCGCUAGAGCGGCAGCAAUCUAUGUCCGUAGGGGGACCGGGAUUUUCUCGCGUGGUGUUUUGCAACAAUUCUGCAAAGCAUUUGCAGAAACCUUACCGUUACAAGAGCAACUAUGUAUCAACCACCAAGUACAAUGUAGUGACCUUUCUACCGAAGGCCCUGUUUGAGCAAUUUCGUCGAGUUGCCAACAUGUACUUUCUUCUUGCUGCCAUUUUGGCUCUUACUCCCGUGUCACCCUACUCCGCUGCUAGUCUCAUCGCUCCCCUCGUUUUUGUCGUUGGGGUGAGUAUGUGCAAAGAAGCGCUCGAAGAUUGGCGUCGCUUUAUACAGGAUAACGAGAUAAACAAUAGGAAAGUAAAGAUACAUGUAGGAGAGGGAAAAUUCGAAAAGCGUGAAUGGAAGAAAGUUAAAGUUGGAGAUAUUGUGAAAGUCGAAAAGGACAGUUUCUUCCCAGCCGAUCUCCUGAUGCUCUCGUCAGGUUUCCCGGAUGGCGUGUGCUACGUGGAAACCAUGAAUCUGGAUGGCGAGACAAAUCUGAAACUGAAGAAGUCUUUGGAGCGUACUGUGGAACUAGACGAAGACCAUGAAUUUGCAACCUUUGAGGGAAAAGUUCGCUGUGAAGAUCCCAACUCUAGCUUGUACACAUUCAUUGGAAAUCUUGAGUAUCAUGAAGAAGUGCUUCCAGUGGGGCCGCAACAGAUACUAUUGCGAGACUCGAAGCUUCGGAACACGCCCUUCAUCUACGGGGUGGUGAUCUUCAGUGGUCAUGAAACAAAGGUGAUGCAGAAUGCCACUGAUCCACCUUCCAAACGGAGUAGAAUUGAGCGGAAAAUGGACAAGAUCAUCUACCUCCUAUUUCUUGUGCUGUUGUUUAUAUCUGUAGUCGGAUCAAUCGCCUUCGCUGUCAGGACGAAGUUCAAUAUGCCAGAUUGGUGGUACUUGCGGCCUCGUGACACGGAUAUGUACUACGACCCUAAUCAAGCAUUUCUGUCCGGGUUAUUGCACUUGAUCACAGCAAUGAUACUCUACGGGUACCUGAUUCCAAUAUCUCUGUACGUUUCUAUCGAAGUCGUGAAGGUCCUCCAGGCGCGGUUUAUCAAUAAUGAUAUCCAGAUGUACUAUCCAGAAACUGAUCAGCCAGCUCGAGCCCGCACAUCGAAUCUUAACGAGGAGCUUGGUCAAAUUGACACUAUCCUUUCUGAUAAGACUGGAACCCUCACAUGCAAUCAAAUGGAGUUUAUUAAAUGCUCAAUCGCAGGGACUGCUUAUGGUCGUGGUGUUACUGAAGUGGAAAGGGCAACUGCUCGUAGACUCGGUAAAGAUCCUCGGGUACUGGGAGACGCCAGUAUCGUUGAAGAGGGAGAGAGGAGUUUAGGCGGCGAUGGAUCAGAUGUUGAAAUGCGACCUAUGUCAGCAAAGCCACAUGUGAAAGGUUUCAACUUGAAGGAUGAGAGGCUUCAGGAUGGGCACUGGAUGGAUCAACCAAAUGCAGAGGAGAUACGAAUGUUCCUCAGGAUUCUCGCUGUGUGCCAUACUGCUAUUCCUGAAGUGGACGAAGCAACAGGAACUAUAACCUAUGAGGCUGAGUCACCCGACGAGGCUUCUUUUGUUGUAGCAGCACGAGAACUUGGUUUCGAGUUUCUGAGACGUAAUCAAAGUAGCGUAAUAGUAAAGGAGCCCGGACCUAACAGAGUCCCAGUAGAGCGGGAGUACAAUAUUCUCAACUUGCUGGAGUUCAACAGCACACGCAAGCGCAUGUCCGUUGUUGUGAGGGACGAAUCCGGCCAAAUUUUGCUCAUGUGCAAGGGUGCCGAUAGUAUAAUUUAUGAUAGAUUAGGAAGGAAUGGGAAACAAUACUGGAAUGCAACCAAGGCCCAUUUAGCCAAAUAUGGCGAUGCUGGUUUACGUACUUUGGCUCUCUCGUACCGUAAAUUGGAGGAGUCUGAGUACGAACAAUGGAAUGCGACAUUCACUAAGGCCAAAACCACAAUUGGCCCAGACCGUGAUGAGUUGCUGGACAAGGCCUCAGAUAUGGUGGAGAAAGAUCUUAUCCUUGUUGGCGCAACCGCCGUGGAGGACAAAUUGCAGAAAGGGGUCCCAGAAUGCAUUGACAGACUUGCUCAGGCAGGUCUUAAGAUUUGGGUGUUGACGGGAGACAAGCAAGAGACUGCCAUUAAUAUCGGGUUUGCAUGCAGCUUAUUGCGACAGGGAAUGCACCAGAUUAUUGUCGGUCUGGAAACACCUGAAAUGAGGGCUAUUGAGGAAAAUGGGGAUAAGAAUCAGAUAGCCAAAGCCGCUAGGGAAAGUAUAACUCUUCAAUUAGCAACCGGCAACCAUCAGAUAAAUUUGGAUACUGAUGAUGAUAAUCCUCAUGCUUUGAUAAUUGAUGGAAAGUCUCUGAUGUAUGCACUUGAAGAUGGCUUGAAGCACGAGCUGCUCAAUCUCGCAACCCAAUGUGCAUCUGUUAUCUGCUGCCGGGUGUCUCCAAAGCAGAAGGCCAUGAUAACCAGGCUUGUUAAGGAAGGAACAGGAAAGGCAACCCUCGGGAUUGGAGAUGGUGCUAACGAUGUUGGCAUGAUCCAAGAGGCUGACAUAGGUGUUGGUAUUAGUGGCGUUGAAGGCAUGCAGGCAGUAAUGGCGAGUGAUUUUUCGAUUGCCCAGUUUAGAUUUUUAGAGCGUCUACUCAUUGUUCAUGGGCAUUGGUGCUACAAGCGUAUUGCUCUGAUGAUUGUUUACUUCUUCUACAAAAACAUCACGUUUGGACUCACCCUCUUUUAUUAUGAAGCAUUUACAACCUUCUCUGGGCAAACUGCCUACAAUGAUUGGUACACUUCACUUUUCAAUGUGUUCUUCACAUCUCUACCAGUAAUUGCGUUGGGGGUGUUCGAACAAGACGUCUCCUCUCGAGUCUGUUUGCAGUUUCCAGCUCUGUACCAGCAAGGUCCUAGGAAUAUGUUCUUCACGUGGAGUCGCAUUCUGGGCUGGAUGGCGAACGGGGUCUACAGCUCCCUCGUGGCUUUCUUCUUCACCACGGCGGCGGUAGAAAUAGAGGCCUACAGGAAGGACGGGCAGCUUGCAGGAAUUGAAGAGCUCGGAGCAGCCAUGUAUACAUGCGUGGUGUGGGUCGUCAAUGUGCAAGUCGCGAUGGCAUUGAGCUACUUCACCUGGAUUCAGCAUGUCUUCAUCUGGGGCAGUAUUGCCCUAUGGUACGUCUUCCUUGUAGCAUAUGGCGCCAUCAACCCCACUCAAUCGACCACGGCGUACAAGGUGUUUGUGGAGACGCUUGUGGACUCUCCCAUGUACUGGUUCAUCACCAUCCUGAUCCCAGUCGUAUGCGUCCUGCCCUACGCCGUGUAUCAGGCCUACCAGCGGAUGUUCCAUCCAAUGGACCACCACCUAAUCCAGGAAAUUCAUUAUCUUCAGAAGCACAUCACGGAUCCUGACAUGUACAAGCAAGAGAGGACCAAGGCAGUGGAGAAGACACACCAAGGUGUUUCAUCUCGAGUUCGGGCGAGCUUGAGCAUGGAGCUGACGAAGCAGCGAUUCUAUGGAGACGGUCACCUGCAGUCGACUGGAGAGAAGCAGGACUCGAUGCCGAGGCAUGUGGACAAUCGACUUGAGAGUCCUCUUAUCAAUGGAAGUCUUGAUAAGACGCCUCGAAAUAAUUUUUCCUACAAGGUUUAAUUUUUGUAGAAAAAUUUGAAUCAUCAGUCUUUCUCUCUUCCCACUCAAGAGUCUUAAAUUUCGUGUUUAAUACUUUUAAUGCAGACUAAGAACUCCAGAACCAGCUUAGCCAGCCUUAUCCCCAUGUACCAUAGUUAAAUGAUUAUGCAGUUAUGGGUACCUUUACGUCCAUGGGCAGUGUAUUUUUACACUCCAAACUGCCUUGAAUUCCCAGAGUUAACAAAUUCUUUGAAUAAGGAGUUGAAUGAUAUUAUUUCCGGCAGCCAGCCUGCUGUCAUAUUGCAAGGAGACCAGGUCUUGUGCUCACUGUUGACAUUCCUGUUUUGAAGCUAUUACUAGUUCUAUUCGUUGACAUUGCCCCUUUUGUAGGACAGGGGCAUCCAUUAAAUGAUAGUUUAGCUCCACAUUUCUGGAUGGCUUUUAGUUGAUCUGUCCAACCUGGUUGCAGUUCAACAUGCCCUUCUAGGUUUUUUCAUCGGUGGUGCAGCAGCAGUGGCAAGCUUUGGAUUAUUCGAAACACCUCUCUACUCCAGUGUGGGGGCAUGUCUGCUGCUUUCGAGGUCAGAUCACCAGGUUGGCUCUGCAUGUUUGGAAGCAGAGACUUCUCAACUUCCACCUACAUGACAAUUCCAACACCUUUCCUCUAAACGCUUUACACUUGACAGAUCAACUACAAUGGAGCUACUGGUUACUCAAUCUUGUUUGUUCUUGCUUGGUGAAAUUGCUUGGAGAACAAAAGUUCACCAACCCUGAUUAAACAAUAUCUUUUUACAACA